GACGCGAAGCAGCAUCGGGGUCCCGGGGCGCACCCUGCAGGACCCAACCCGCGACCCUCGCGCACCUGCAUACAUCGGGUAGGUGCAGCGACGGAGGGCCCGCCUUGCCCAGGGCGGAGGCGGCCGCCGGACUUGGCAGGUGAGGCCGGCAGGUGCGCUGGCCCCGCCCCCAGGUGCACUGCCUCUCGGGGCGGGGCCACUUCCGGGCCGGAGGCCGGACGUGGAGGCGGGGGGUGGCCGUUGACCCGGUAACUGCUGCUCUGCCUGAAGCUGGAGGCACCGCCUGCUCGCUCCCCCGCCUGAGCGGGGACAUGCCGCCGCACCCUCCUCGGCCUCGGCUGCGAACGCCCGCUGCCCAGCUCCACCCUCCGCCGGACUGGGUCUGACGGAGCGGGGCAGCCAUGAGCGCCAACCCCCAGUGGGACAUUAGCAGGGCUCUGGGAGUGGCCAGGCUCUUCCACUUGGUUUGUGGGGUCCGGGAUGCCUGCGUGACCCCGUUUCUGACCCUCUACCUGAGGCAACUGGGCUUGGCAGCGCCCUGGGUGGGCAUCCUAAUGGGAACCAAGCACCUGAUCGCAGCUUUCUGGGCUCCCUUCUGUGCCUUCCUGGCCAAAAGCUACCAGAAAAGGAGGUUGCUUCUGAUCGGCUCGCUGCUUGGCUCGGUGGGAGUCAGCCUACUGAUGGUCCUGGUGCCGCCGCUGGACAGAGAUCUGGGGUACCGCUCCUGUAAUGGCAGCCGCAGUGUGACCACCACAGUCCAAACCCCCGGGGUCGUACUAACUGUGAACUUCACUUUGGCCCCAGAGCCAAACCACCCAGCGGGGGCACCCAGCCUCCCAGCCAAGAGGAGUACCGGGAUCCGGGACGCCUCUGGCUUCAGAAAAGGCCCUGGGGAAAGCGUCCAAGAACCUUUCAGUUAUUUACCCAGCUACUUUGUGAGCUCCGUUGAGGGAGCCAGGACCACAUCCGGAGUUGUCCAUCCUAUCACUUCAGGGGUGAAAGAUGCUCCCUGGGAAGGUGCUUUUAAGGUGGUCAGUACUACCCUCCCUUUGCUUGCUGAGGGUACAGCGCUGGGAAGUCCAGCCAACUUGUCGGCCACCAAGGGGAACACAGGGGCCCUUGACCUCUCCUUGGAAGAGUUGCGAUGGACUUUCAUUCUCUCCUUGGGGGCCAUGGUGUUCUGGGAGCUGCUGACAGCCCCUCUGGAGCAGGUUGCCGAUGACAGCCUUUAUGAGUAUCUGGAUUUUGUGGAUGCCACUGACCGUUACAGAAACCUAUGGAUCUGGAGGCUACUGGGCAUGUCCGUAGGCGUGUGUGGCAUCGCAGCCUUGGUGGAACAGCUGGACUGCUUCCUAGUGCCAAGUGGCCCCCGAGGUGUGCUGCACUUCUAUGGCUACUCCCUGGUCGGCACCCUGGCUUUACUGGUGAGCAUUGCAUUUCCCGUCCCCACCUGCAGGUGGCGAGAGCCCAGCUACAAAACGGUCAAAGCACUGUCUCUGGUAGGGGGCGACCCCCGCCUCAUUCUCCUAGCCUUCACUGUCUUUCUGAUAGGAGCCGCCACUAGCACAAUACAGAACUUUCUGUUCUGGCACAUGAAAGACCAUGGAAGCAGCGAACUGGUCAUGGGUUUCGCGGUCUCCCUGGGCUUACUGGGGGAAAUGCUACUUCAUCCGUUGAAAACAAUGUUGCUUAGAAAAUUGUCCAGGGUGGGCAUGGUGGGGCUGGGGCUGGGCUGCCUCUCGGGGCAGCUGCUGUACUACUCUUUCCUCUGGAGCUGGUGGUCUGUCCUCCCUGCUCAGAUCUUGAGCGCCGUCAGCAGUGGGGCUCUGUGGUGGGCAGUGGUGGCCUCAAUAGAGGACCUAGCCACUCCCAGAACGGAGAGACCUCUGAGUGCCAUGUUCCGAAACCAAUUCUACGGGGGCGGGGCCAGCCUGGGCAGCUUUGUGGGGGGUUUAGUGGUGAAGCACUUCAGCCUGGCUGUGCUCUACCAGGCCAGCUGUGUGGUCCUGUUGCUCUGGCUGGUCUUGUUCCUGUCCAUCCAGCCGAGACUGCCCCAGCAGCGGAAAAUCAACUACUCGAACUUGCUGGCCAUGGAGGCGAGUGACACGAGUGACUCUGAGCAGGGGACUGAACGGGACUGGCUCGUGAAGGCCAUGAGGGAGGAGCACUCAGACUGGAAGGCCUGAGAGAAAGUCAAGAUGUGCUGACCUGGGAAGGAGCCAAAGCUCGGCAAAGCUCAGCCUGCUGAGGACAAAACCCCCAAGGACAAAACCCCUGGGGCGACAGGGAGCCUUGGGAGAGAGAAAGCAGAAGCCCCACAGGAUCAUCUCAUUGUAUGAUUUUCUUUACUUUUAUAGUAAAAAAAAAGGGGGGGGGGAGUUUACUUUUUUCAUUUCAGUCUUUUUUAAAUAAUGGAGGAAACAUACAUUUGCUAAAAACCAAAAAAAGUUCCCUCUGUGUUCACUGUAUUUUGGUUUAUACGUUUGCGAGAGUUUUCUUAGUACUGACCCUGGUGCCAUUGACUUUAGCCACUGUUGGAGUGCUCAGAUCAAACCGGCAGUGCCAGGAAGGCAAUGGGGACCUGCAGGAUUCAGGUUGCAGAGGGGGUGGUUGGCUUGGAUUGAGUCAUCCACAUUCCUAUGGGUCCUAAAGGGCAUGAGCCUGAUCAUAUUAAAGCCAUGCUGUGAGCAGGUAAGAAUCGUAAUGAAAACUGAUACUCUUCCCUCUCUCCUCCCACUGAUAUACAGGUGCUCACACUCCACCCAGGUACUUAAGUUUCCACUAAGAGAAAAUGAUGGGAAAUGUAAUAUGUGCCCAGGGGAGAGAGGGUGCAGGUUAAUAGGUUUUUACUCUUACUCUUAAAUGUGUGUGUCACCAGGGAUAGGAUCCUUAGAGUCACUGUGCUCUAUGGCUAAGACGUUGGAGAAAAAAAAGGGAAAUUCAAUGUUAAGAUUUAAGACAGCUAUCACUUGAAAUUUACUGGAUAGUAGAUAGUAUUUACUGUGUAGACAGAACAUACAAUAAUACCAAAACACAAACAUAUGUGUGUCCCCCAAACAUAAACAAGAGGACGAGGAACAGGAUUGGUUUAAAAAAGAGUUAAGAGUAAGUGUGAUUCAGCCUGUAGAAGGGGAAAGGGCAGAGAAAGAGGAGCAUGAGGUAUAGGAGGAAGGAGAGGUGGAGGAGGAGACGAAUGAUGUUGUGGUUUAAGGAUCUAAAAGAUUUUAUGGGAAGGAUGCUGAGAAAUUUGUGAUUUGGCUACUCCAUAUUUGACUAGCCUCUGUUUGUAAAGAAUUGUGUUACUUGUCUAGAGAAAUAUAAGAAUGAAUAAAAUGCAUAGCCCCUCCCCUCAAGAAGCUAAUAGUCUAACUGGGAGAUUUACUUCCGUACAUACACACAUAUAUUACCAGGAAGCACAGGACACUGUGAAAAAUGACAUGAAAAAAAGUAUUACAGGAGUUUAGGAAAGGGACAGAUCAUUUCCGACUCAAGAACUCAAAGAAGAUUUUUGUGGAAUUACAUUUAAGCUCAGCUUGAAGGAUAGUAAACCUAGUAGGUAGAGAGGGCGGUAACUCGAGGAAGGGCAUUUUAGGCAGAAAGAACAGCACGAGCAAAUUUACAGAGGUGGGAAAGCGUGGGGUCUACUUAGGAAAUAGCAAGAAAUAUAGCUUGGCUGGAGCAAAGGAUUCAUGUAGGGAAUGCUGAAAGGUAAGGCUGGAGAGAUAGCUUAGGACCAGAUCAUGGAAAACCUUGAUUCUGUAGGCUUUGGGUAAACCAUGGAAGGUUCUGGACAGGGUCAUGACAGGUGAGGACUGCACUGAGCUUUAAAAAAAUAAUCAGCUUUAUUGACAUAUAAGAAACUAUAUAUUUAAAUUGUAAAAUUU